CGUUUUCCUUCCCAUAUUUCAAAACCUCCCAACAUUAUUCAGUCAUCGACCAGUUGAAACGACAGAAGAAAAAACUGAUCUCCAACUUCCUCUUACUCUCACCCAAUCAAGCUUAGAGUGAGAAAAUCUUCUACAGAUCCGAAGAUGAAUGAUACCGAUGUUCAAAAGCAGAUCCAACAGAUGGUUAGAUUCAUCCGUCAAGAAGCGGAAGAGAAAGCUAAUGAGAUCUCUGUUGCUGCUGAAGAAGAGUUUAAUAUUGAGAAGCUGCAGUUAGUUGAGGCGGAGAAGAAGAAGAUUAGACAGGAGUAUGAGCGUAAGGAGAAGCAAGUUGAAAUUCGUAGAAAAAUAGAAUACUCCAUGCAGCUCAAUGCAUCUCGGAUCAAGGUUCUUCAAGCUCAAGAUGACUUGGUUAAUGCCAUGAAAGAAGAAGCUUCCAAAAAACUGUUGGACAUCAGUGGUCACCAUCAUCAUUACAAGCAUCUUUUGAAAGAUCUCAUUGUUCAGAGCUUGCUUAGAUUGAAAGAACCUGGUGUGUUGUUGCGCUGCCGUGAGGAUGAUGUGCACCUGGUGGAGCAUGCUAUCCAUUCAGCUAAAGAAGAAUAUGCAGAGAAAGCCAAUGUGCAUUCUCCUGAGAUAAUCAUUGACAGUGUCCAUCUCCCGCCAGCUCCUCAUCACCAUUCCCAUGGUCUUUCUUGUGCUGGAGGUGUUGUUCUGGCUUCUCGAGAUGGCAAAAUUGUGUGUGAGAACACUCUUGACGCAAGAUUGGAUGUCGCAUUCAGGAAGAAGCUUCCUCAGAUCCGCAAGCAGCUAUUUGAAUUCGCUGCUGCAUGCUGAGCAUUGAUUGAGAGAAACUCAAAUGUCCCUUGGUUACUCAGGCUGUUAAGAUUUUUCAGAUGGUCAUGGACUUCAUUCGACAAUGUGUUCACUUCUUAAGAGUAAUUCAAAUUCUAUUUAUCAUUCGAGCAACAGUGAUUAGUAAGUACAUGAGUGUUAUAUGUAUUGUCGAUAUUGAACCUGAUGUAUUGAAUUUGCUUAUAUUUGUUUAUGGAUCAAGUCAGUAUAAUAAAGGACAGCUUCGGAUGCAGAGCUGCUUUCCUUCAUUUGCUUGUGUAAGUUUUGGAUAGUUUUAAGCAAUGAACGGAAACAUUGAACAUUGAAUUGCUUAACAAUAGGCUAUUUUUCAUAGUGUUUUCAACUUAUUCCCU